AUGCAGGCUUUAAGGGUUUUCAUUACUGCGGCUCUCUCAGUUCAAGUAAUCCAGUUUGGAGGCGCCUGCGAAGGAGAAAACUGUGAUAAGGAUUCAAGCCAGGAGAAGCUGAACAUCCCUCUGUACACCUUUAAUGUUUUAAAUCACCUUAAUUCGGAGAAAAAGAAAAGCAACGCUCCUUUGGCCGCAGAUGGUAACAAAGUGAACAGGCAGUGCUGUCAAAAUGGAGGAACUUGCUUCCUGGGAACUUUUUGCAUAUGCCCCAAACACUUCACUGGGCGACACUGUGAAUAUGAUACAAGGAUCAGGAGUUGUGGCACCAUCAAGCACGAGGAGUGGAUUCAAGAAGGAUGUCAGUUGUGUCAGUGCUACUAUGGGACUCUUAAAUGCUCUGCUCAAGCUCUCAAACAGGGAUGUGAUUCUGCUGUUGCCAGAUGA